AUUCAUUUCUCUCCCCCCGGCGAAAACUCAGAACGAUAGGAAGGAGUCGUUUUCUUUCCCGUUGUGCCAACGCUCUUCGUUCUCAAGUUACUACUAUUUGUUAAACCCCCAGAAUUUAGUGCUUUUCUCUGUGUGUGUGAGGGGUGUUUUCUAGUUCUAACAAAACAGUUAAGGGUUUUCUCUUAUCAAAUCAGAUUUUUAUCAGUCGACUGAAAUUCUCGGGGACGUUUCAUCUUAAUUUGGAGCUUCUUUUGUUUUGUGGUAGCCAAGCCAACUAACUCUGUGUUCUUAUUAAUUCUGUCUGGGUGGGUGGGUGGUGUUUAUCUGUUUGUCGAUCGCUUGUGGGUUUGCUUUCUAUUGUUAUCAGGAUAGAAACGAACAGAAAGAUACGACUAGAAAGAGAACUAAUCAACAGAAACAAAUGGCUCUAUUGCUUCUGAAGCCCAUCUCUCAUCUAUCUUCAACACAAAGGUACGUUCCUUCUAUCUUCCUCAGUUUCUAUCUACUUCAUAAUAAUCCCAAUCCAAUUUACUCUCGACGACCAUUUUCUUCUUCUCAAAACUCGACCCUGGACCACGACGUCGAAAACGUGCUUCGCGUAAUCACUACCUCUUCCUCCUCAAUGGACAUGAGACAAUCAUUAAAAUCAAGCGGCGUUUUUCUUUCCAACGAUUUGAUCGAUAGGGUUCUGAAAAGGGUUAGAUUUAGUCACGGAAACCCACUACGAGCAUUAGAGUUCUUCAAUCUAACAGCUACCCGAAGAGGUUUUUAUCACACCCCUUUCUCCUUGGACACAAUGCUCUAUAUCUUAGGACGAAGUCGAAAAUUUGAUCUAAUUUGGGAGCUUCUGUAUGACAUGAAGAGAAAAGACCAGUCUUUGAUAUCUCCGCGAACUGUUCAGGUUGUUUCAGCUAGAAUAGCUAAGGUUUGUUCGGUUAGGCAGACGGUUGAGUCUUUUAGAAAGUUCCGAAAGCUCGUUCCGGAAUUCAAUACCGAUUGUUUUAAUGCAUUGUUGAGGACUUUGUGUCAAGAGAAAAGCAUGACAGAUGCAAGAAAUGUUUAUCACAAUUUGAAACAUGAGUUCCAGCCAAAUCUACGGACUUUUAACAUACUCUUGUCCGGUUGGAAAUCGCCAGAGGAAGCUGAGGGGUUCUUUCAAGAAAUGAGGGAAAUGGGUGUCAAACCUGAUCUUGUGUCCUACAACUGUUUGAUCGAUGUGUAUUGUAAAGGUAGAGAAAUUGACAAAGCGUACAAUUUAGUUGACGAAAUGAGAGAGGAGAAUAUAUGUCCUGACGUAAUAACAUAUACUAGUAUGAUUGGGGGAUUGGGGUUGGUUGGUCAGCCUGAUAAAUCUAGGUAUGUUUUGAAAGAAAUGAGGGAGUAUGGAUGUUAUCCUGAUGUAGCAGCAUAUAAUGCUGUUAUCAGGAACUUCUGCAUUGCAAAGAGGAUUGAUGAUGCAUACAGUUUGAUGCGUGAGAUGGUGGGAAAAGGCUUGAGUCCGAAUGCAACUACUUACAAUGUGUUAUUGAGGUCGUUUUUUUGGUCAAAUGAUUUGAGAAGCUCAUGGAGUUUGUACCAGAGGAUGAAGAAAACUGGGUGCCCACCAAACACACAAUCUUGUUUGUUUCUAACAAGGUUGUUCAGGAGGCAGGAGAAGGUAGAUAUGGCACUUGAGCUCUGGAAUGACAUGGUGGAGAAGGGAUUUGGGUCUUAUAUAUUGGUGUCUGAUGUUUUGUUUGAUUUGCUUUGUGAUAUGGGGAAGUUGGUGGAAGCAGAGCGGUGUUUCUUGCAGAUGAUGGAGAAGGGGCAAAGGCCAAGCAAUGUUUCAUUUAGGAGGAUCAAGGUGCUUCUAGAAUUGGCUAACAAGGAGGAAGUGCUGCGAAACUUAUCGCAGAAGAUAGCUGCUUUUGGUUCAUCAAUCCAAGUUUCGAAAAGUGAUGAUGGUUCACUAGAUAAGUCAAGUUCAGACUUGCUUCCAUGUUUUUAUUUCGGGUAAAAAGAAGAAGCCCCCUUACCACAGUAGGGGUUUGAGGUGCUAUUGACUGCCAAGUCACCACAAUAGUUUAGGCCAGUGUCUAAUAGCUCCUUUUGUACUAUAAACUACAUGGAGCUUAGUGGAAUGCUGUUUCACUCAUUCCUCAAUAACUGGUUCAAGAGGUGGGCAUCUUAGAAUCAGUUGUUUUUUUCCUACUAUUUGUUCGAUGUCAGAGAGGAUUUAAUUAGUCUCCUCAGCUUAUCUGUAUCUUUCUUUCGGAUUCUUGGGAGAUGAUUGUUGGAAUUCUUGGGAAAGUGCCCCUCUUUACAACACAAAGAUCAUACAGAAAGUGGCCGUGGGGUAGGGGAUAGAGUUACGAGAUGCGUUACAUAACAUUGGUCACGCCUAUACAAUGUCUAUGUGCGGGGCAUUUUGCAAAGUGCCUCAAGGCUGAAAUAUGGAAAUAGGAUCACCGUGCCAUGAAAGCACUAAAAUGCAAAAGAAGGCUGUUCUUUUUGCCCAACAGAUUGCUUGCUCUGAAAUCAUUUUAGAAGGUGACUCAUCAAAGGUUAUUAAUGAUUAUCAGAUGCUCCAAGAAUGUUUUGGCUCCCAUUGAAAUGAUGUUGGAAGAUACAAGCUUGCAUCUGGAGUAUACAGUCGUGAGGUGACGGGCACUUGGCCACUUGGGUAGCUCAUUACAUAGCUAAAAAUGCUCGUUUUGUUUCGUGUUUAGAUGUAUGAAAAGACCUCUGGACUUUAUCAUGCCCUUACUUACAACAGAUGUCCCGAGUUUCUAAUGAAAUUGUCGAUUUCAUAAUUAAAAAAAAAAUAGAGAUGCUAAAACAUAAAAUCUUUAACUUUUAUACUUGGGUGGUCAACAUUGCUUUCACAGUCCUGUAAAUUGUUCAUACAGUUAAUAUUCAAAAGCAUAUGGUCGCAGUAUAAUGUGCAACCAUCAGACUUGCCCCGGUUUCACAGAACACCAAUGAAUAUGGAUCAAUACAGAGUUGUCUGCUAUAAUGUUUUCUUGGCCAAGUAUGCCAAACUACUCCCAAGUCUCAUCUGCUCUUGCACUAAAUUCAUCCACUAAAUCAGCCAUUGCAAUGAAUUGUGAUCUGAUAGCCCACCAUCAUAUAUUCUCUGAUGCUGAACCUGUCUUUUGCUAGCAUUUUAGAAUAUAAACCUUCACAGCAUAUUUGUGCACAGAGGAUGACAAUGUAUAAAUGAGGAAGAGUGCAAUGUACAAGUGAGGAAGACCAAAUUUGCAUGAAUUAUUCUUGAAACUACAGGAAACGAACAGCCAUGUCUGCAACAGAAAGCUCGAAAGGUACAGGA